AUGGAUAACAAUAAAUCAGAUGUUCCAGACAGUUUAAUCAAUAUUUUACAAGAUUUUACGAUGGCGGUACUUCGAAACCGGCCUGCAAAUAUUCCAAGAUUCGCUGUCGAGUAUUUUACUGAAUUAAUGGCUAGUGAAGAAGGAAGCGUCGGCAUUGAACAUACACAACCAUCGAUAUCGAUUCAUUCAAAAAACAUAAGUGAAAUAAGUGAAGGUGAAAUCAUAGAUGACAAUAAAACACAAAGACUAUUAGAAGAAGCCGCAAAAAGACCAUCACAAAGAAGAAAUAGUGUUACUGCGGAGCCUUUCAAUCCAGAAGAUGAAGAGGAAAUAAACAGCGGGGAACACGAAAAACACGACGCCAGUUUCUACGAAAAGACUCCAAAGCAAAUUGAACGUCUUAUGGAAGUCUGCCGAAGGAUCGUCCUCUUCAGUGAGCUCGAUGAUAGUGAACUGACAGAAUUGAUUAAUGAAAUGUUUAUGAGGGCCGUUUCUCCAGAUGAGGAUAUUAUUCAACAGAAUGAUGAUGGUGACUACUUCUAUGCUAUCGAUUCUGGGAAAUACGAGGCGAAAAUAGCUGAUACUGAGAGUGGCAUCCAGAAGGUUGUAAUGGUUUAUGACAAUGAGGGCUUCUUUGGUGAAUUGGCCCUCAUGUAUAACUCUCCGCGAAGUGCUACAGUAACUGCUCUAACUGAAGGCAUACUAUGGGGUCUAAGUAGGCAUUCUUUUAGAAAGCAUGUUCUAACGCAUGCAGCAAAGCGUCGAAGAUCAUUCGUUGAACUUUUACACUCAGUACCCAUACUUCAUGACCUAACACCUUAUCAACGAACAUCAUUGGCGGAUAAUCUACGGAGAAAAGUAGUGAAACAGGGUGAGCUUAUUAUUCGAGAAGGUGACCCAGGUGAUGCUUUGUACUUUAUUAUGGAUGGAUUUGUUGUCGUCAGGAAAAAGGUUGAUCAAGAAGAAAUUGAGGUCAAUAAAAUUGGAAAAGGGGGCUAUUUUGGUGAACUGGCACUACUGGUCGAAAAGCCGAGAGCUGCCAGUGUUUAUGCUGAUACAGAUGUCGUACUUGCCAGUCUGGGUGUCAAAAGCUUCGAGAGACUACUUGGACCCUGUAUUAGCCUUAUGAAGGAUAAAGCACUGGAAUACAAGGCUUACACAGAUGCGAUUUGA